CCCGGGUCCGGGGACCGAUUUUGAGCCGGUUUCGCCACCGUUGUCUCACCGCCGUUGUCUCACGUUGCGCUCCUCCGAUGUAUGCGGCCAGGGGUGGUCUCGGAAGUCGCGGGGGAGCGUCAUGGAAGGGUACGGUUUUCUAGGGGUCGGUUUCGCCGCGCUCGACUUCGUUAUUUCAAGGAUUUGUACGUAGUUCGCUCUCUCGGUGCUCCGCAGAAGCAGGAGGAGGGUGUGAGGCCGAGGGCGCUGCGAGCUGCGCGAGACAAAGCAUGCCCGCGCAUGCUCGGGCGCAUUGUGCCUGCCUGAAGGUUCCAAAUGUGGGGUUGUCAGAGCCGGGAGGGGUGAGACAAGGGUUGCCCUUUGCCUUCCUGGUCUUCGAGGGGCCUCCUCGUCGCUUCGGCUGGACGCUGCGUGAACACAAACAGUGGAUUGGACUCCGGGAGGGGUCUGGGAACCGAUGUUGACCUGAUGUGAUCACCGUUGUUUCACCGCCGUUGUCUCAUUCGACCGGACGCGCCUUACCUUAGGGCGCGUGGUUUUCGAGCGCCCUCUUUGCGCCUGCCACGGUCGCCACUGGAUUUCAGGGUGGCGACCGAACGCGCCUUACUAAAACCUCCCCUCUAGGAUUUUGAGGGCGAGGUUUCCAGCGAAUUGUUUGCGAACCCUUGGCCGUCUUUGGCAUUCAGGGAGCAGCCAAAUGCACCUUUCAUAAAACCCCGCCCGGAGGAUCCUUAGGGCGGGGUUUCCAGCGCGCCCUCUUGGCGCCUUCCACGGUCGUCUUUGACGCCCUCCGAGCUGGCCGUUCUCGUUGCCCCGUCGUUUCUACGGAUCCUUGAUGCUUCCCGUCUCCUUCCUCCAGCCUUCGCCGUCUAGGUGUCGCAGGGGUUGUGGCAACGCCGCUCCUGCCGCAGGGGUGGUGGCAACGCCGCUCCUAUGUGAUUGAGUAUGCGGAAUUUUUAAGCCCAAGGUUCCGUGGCAGAUGCCAGGGCUGCUGCCAUGACAGCGGCCGAGGCUCUGGCGCCCUUCACUCGGGCGUUCACCGUCCAGGGGCCAUGCCUUGCGCUGGCCAUGCUGCGAGGUCUCAAGCGUUACGAGUUUCGCGGCAGGGCCUGGUCUCCAGGCUGGUAUUUCCUGCACUCAGGAGACCAGCCUGCCCCCACCUCGAUCGCAGAGGUCUUGGAGGCAGAGUGGCCGUCGGCUCCGCGCGAGUCCACUUUGCGGUUCAGUGCCGUGUACGGUGCGGUGAGGUUGGGCCACGCCUUGCCGUCGGAUGCGCUGCGCUCGCCUUGGGUUCGUUUCGGCAAGAUGUCUUUGCCGAUCGAAGGCGCCAUCGAGUUUGCCGAGCCUCUGGCGCCAGUUCAAGGCCAGCAGAACAGUUGUUGCGUUGCUUUUGCAGGCCUUCGGAGCGGUCUUCUCGUCGCCGCGGCUAGGCGCAGCGUGAAGACCACUGUGAGUAGACCCCAGUGGGGUCUGGGAAGAAACUUUGAGAGCCGGUUGGGCCACUGUUGUCCCACUGCCGUUGUCUCACGUUGCCCUCCUCCGAGCGUAGGCUGCCUGAGAGCGCUGUGCGCUCGCCGGUCGUUAACGUAGCUAUUUCUAUAUUCCCGAUAUCGCAAUAGAUUUUGACGCGUUCCUAUUUCAAGAGUCGCUGGCAUACCCCCUCCACCGACCAAGUCGAAUCUCGUUCAACCGCCUUCCUGUUUCGAUUUCCAUGUUCUAGCUACCUCUUACGGCCAGCGUGUAGCCUGUGUGCUACUACGUAGUACUGUGCUUGCCGCUCUGCGCGCGGCGAACACUUUUGUCCGAGCAGGGAUUGAGGAAGAACCGGACAGCGGUUGCUGCUGCCGCCGCCGAUGCCGCAACGGUCUCCUGCAGCUCCCCACCGCGCCUUCUGAACCUUUGGAACCCUCCAACUGCGCACUCCUUCCACCUCGAAUUCGUAGCCGGUUCUCUCACUGCGGUUCUCUCACUGCGCUGGCGAACAGCAGGUUGAGGAGGGAGGAGGAGGAGGAGAAGGAGUUUGUGCGAAUCGUCUAGCUCGAAGUUGCAGGUUGUUCGCUGCUCCGCGCCAGAGUCCCCUGCUUCGUGAAUGUUUUCCUGCGCGCUGGAGGCCCGAGGCCCCGGCUGCGUGGAUAGUUUUUUGGUUCUCCAGUCUCCCUUGACCGACGAGCUGAAGUCACUUGGAAGGAAACACCACUCUCCCAAGGAUUCCUCCUCCUCGUCCGUCCUUUUCAUCCUCCUCCUCCUCCUCCUCCUCCUC